CAAAACUGCGUAGGCAUGUUACUCUGCCACCUCGAAAUCAACCCAGCCGAGUUCAAAAUUACAACCUUGGUCGUCUUCUCCACUUCACUCUCUCUCUCUCUCUCUCACUCUGCAACUCCUCGUUGCAAUGACAAUGAUCACUAUCUAAGCUCUCCACAUUUUGAAAACCAUGAACUCUAUUGCUCUGGUUUUGGUGUGGUUCUUUACAUUCUUCCCUUGUCUCUCUUCUUCUCUCAACUCCGAUGGCUUCUCUCUCCUCGCCCUCAAAGCCGCCAUUACCACCGACCCAACUCUCGCCCUCACCUCCUGGUCCGUGUCGGACCCCACCCCCUGCCAUUGGAUCGGAAUCGCCUGCGAUCACGACCACCGAGUCACCGCCAUUUCUCUUCCCAACAAGGGCUUCACUGGCUACCUACCCUCCGAACUCGGUGCCCUUCUCUCUCUCCGUCACCUCUCUCUCUCUCACAACAACUUCUCCAAACCCAUCCCCGCCCACCUCUUCAAUGCCACCACUCUUCUCUCUCUAGACCUCUCUCACAACUCUCUCUCCGGACCCAUCCCUCCUCAAAUUUCCACCCUUCAAACCCUGACUCACUUGGACCUAUCCUCCAAUCUCCUCAAUGGGUCUUUGCCGGAAUGUCUCACCAAUCUGACCCACCUCGCCGGAACCCUAAAUUUGUCCUCUAACCAGUUCUCCGGCGAGGUCCCGGCAUCGUACGGACGGUUUCCUGUGAUGGUGAGCUUGGAUUUCCGGCACAACAACCUCACCGGGAAGAUUCCCCAGGUGGGGUCCCUGCUGAAUCAGGGCCCCACAGCAUUCUCCGGAAACCCUAAUCUCUGUGGGUUUCCAUUGCAGACGCCGUGCCCAGAACCAGAAGCUCAAAACGCUAGAAUCUUUUCAAACCCUGAACACCCUAUAAAACCUAAUUCUCAAGAUGGGUUUGUAGAGAAAGAUAAAGCGAAAUCUGGGUCAGCGACCGUACGGAUAAUAUCAGGAGUUUCGGUGGUUAUCGGAGCGGUGUUUGUGUCGGCGUGGGCGUUUCGGAAAAAGUGGAGGUCCGACGAGGGCAAAAUGGGGAAGGAAAAGUUGGAGAAGGAAAAGGAGGUGAGUGAGGAGGGGCAAAAGGGUAAAUUCGUGGUGGUGGACGAAGGCUUUGGGUUGGAAUUAGAGGAUUUGUUGACGGCAUCGGCGUACGUGGUGGGGAAGAGUCGGAGUGGGAUCGUAUACAAGGUGGUGGUGGGGAGGGGAUCGGGUGCGGCGGGUGCAGUGGUUGCGGUGAGGCGCUUGAGCGAGGGGGACUCCACGUGGCGGUUCAAGGAGUUUGAGUAUGAGGUGGAGGCCAUCGGGAGGGUCCAGCAUCACAACAUCGUGCGGUUGAGAGCUUAUUACUAUGCUAAUGAUGAGAAACUGCUGGUUUCAGAUUUCGUCCGCAACGGAAGCUUGUACACCGCACUUCAUGGAGGACCGGCCAAUUCGUUGCCACCAUUAUCAUGGGCCGCAAGGCUGAACAUUGCUCAAGGCAUUGCAAAGGGCCUUGUGCACAUUCACGAGUGCAGCCCUAAGAAACACGUUCAUGGGAACAUAAAAUCAUCAAAAAUCCUUCUUGAUGAUGAUCUCCGGCCUUACAUUUCUGGUUUUGGACUCACACGUCUUGUUUCAGGUAACUCUUCUAAAUCCACCAAUGUGGCCUUUAAGAAGCAGAGCUUAAACCAAAUUACAGUAAGCCCCAAAAAUUCAGAUUCUUCAUCCAUAAUGUACGUGGCUCCUGAGGCUCGAGUUUCAGAAAGCAGAUUCACGCAGAAAUGUGACGUCUACUCUUUUGGAAUUGUGCUAUUGGAGAUUUUAACAGGGCAGUUGCCAGAAAAUGAUGGUGCAGCACUAGAGAACCUUGUGAGGAAGGUGUUUCAAGAAGAAAGACCCUUGUCUGAAAUUAUAGACCCAGUGCUUCUGCAUGAGGUCCAUGCCAAGAAACAAGUUGUUGCAGCAUUUCAUGUUGCACUGAAUUGCACAGAACAGGAUCCCGAGGUUCGGCCUAGGAUGAGGACAGUUUCCGAGGGCCUUGAUCUCAUCAAAUCACAGUGAAAGAGCGGGAGGAAAUUUUUUGUAAAGCUUUCUAGCCUUUCUUUUUGACUUAUUCAAACUUUCUCAUGUUGAUGUUUUUUUGUUCCUUAGGAAGUCCUUGGAUGGUGUGGUGGUUCCUUUGUAGAUGUUCAAUUAGUUUAUGAUGCAUCCUCGAGCUGAGAUGUUUUUCCUUGAAUGUUGCUAGUUGAAAAUGGGGUGAUCAUUCAGUAUUUUCGGAGUAUGAA